AGCCUCUGCUCUGUCCAGUUAGCAGGGGCUUCCACUAACUCUGUCUGCUAGGGAUGUUUUACUAACCAGCGUUACAGCCAUAAUAAACUCAAAACAUUGACCCAAGUCCUGCAACUUUCGCUUAACUUAAUUGUACGUUAAUACUGCUUGUCUCCUGGAGAAGAAAAAAAGUUUUUGCAGAUUCACUGUCUGACUGAAUUGGAUAGUUGGGUUAGUGUUUUUCGUCACUUUGUCGGCGCGGAAAGCACGGUAAACUAGGCCUACCUGAAUUGGAUAUUUUUCCACUAUUAUUUUAAUUUUCUUCUUUGCUGUUGAACGCACUCGACUCGUGAUGGUCCUCCUGUCACUGAGCUUACUCGUAGUAGGAGUUGUAGUGACUCUGACUUCAGCCGACCUGGCUGGUGAAGUAGAUAAGGAAGAGUUCCUCAAAAGCCGGCUGAAGGAGUACGGUCUCAUCACCCCCAUCAGCACCGACUCAGAGGGCCACUACCUGUCACAUCUGCUCUCAGCUAACCACAAGCAGCGGGUGAAGCGGGACGCCACGCUGGGCCUGCAGCAGGGUGACCAGCUCUUCUUCAACAUCACUGCCUUCGGCAAGGAGUUCCACCUGCGACUGCACCCCAACCGCAAGCUUGUGGCCCCUGGGGCCAUGGUGGAGUGGCACGAAGAGGUGGAGGCUGUCGUGGAGGACAACGGCAACUCGACAGAGAGCGGCAAUCGCUCCAGCGUUCGCACGGACAGGAUAAUGAACCGGGAACUUCUCAAAACAGACUGCACGUUUGUCGGUGACAUCACGGAUGUGCCAGAGGCCUCCGUCGCUAUAAACAACUGUGAUGGGCUGGCAGGCAUGAUUCGCACUGAUGCAGAUGAAUACUUCAUUGAGCCGCUUGAGCGGGGCGCCCAGGAGCACGAGGAGAAGGGAAGAGUGCACGUGGUCUACAGGAGGUCCGCCGUCCGCCAAGCCCCCUCCGACAUCUCCGUGGACUAUCAGCUGGACGAGCCUGAGUUGAAUGUGCCUCGGGUGCUGGACAGCGUUGCUAAGCAGGUCAACCAAACGGUCCGGAGACGGCGACACGCUGGCGACGAUGACUACAACAUCGAGGUGCUAUUGGGAGUGGACGAUUCGGUCGUGCGUUUCCAUGGCAAAGAACAUGUGAUGAACUAUUUGCUCACUCUCAUGAAUAUAGUGAAUGAAAUCUACCAUGAUGAGUCGCUGGGCGUUCACAUCAAUGUGGUCCUGGUGAGAAUGAUCAUGCUGGGCUACUCAAAGUCCAUUAACCUCAUCGAGAGAGGCAACCCAUCACGCAGCCUGGAGAAUGUGUGCCGCUGGGCCCAAUUGCAGCAGAAGGACAACCCGGAACAUUCUGAGCACCACGACCACGCCAUCUUCCUUACUCGCCAGGGCUUCGGACCCACGGGCAUGCAGGGGUACGCCCCCGUCACCGGCAUGUGUCACCCUGUCCGCAGCUGCACCCUGAACCACGAGGACGGCUUCUCCUCCGCCUUUGUUGUGGCCCAUGAGACCGGUCAUGUGCUGGGCAUGGAGCAUGACGGACAGGGCAACCGCUGUGGGGAUGAGACGGCCAUGGGCAGUGUCAUGGCCCCUCUGGUGCAAGCCGCCUUCCACCGCUACCACUGGUCCAUGUGCAGUGGCCAGGAACUGAAGAGAUACAUUCAUUCUUACGACUGUCUCCUGGACGACCCCUUCAAACACGACUGGCCACCUCUUCCCGAGCUGCCCGGCAUUAAUUACUCCAUGGACGAGCAGUGCCGCUUCGAUUUCGGUGUGGGGUACAAAAUCUGCACUUCGUUCCGCACCUAUGACCCCUGCAAGCAGCUGUGGUGCAGCCACCCCGACAACCCCUAUUUCUGCAAAACCAAGAAGGGACCUCCUCUGGAUGGAACUGAGUGUGCACCUGGGAAGUGGUGCUACAAAGGUCACUGCAUGUGGAAGAACGCCAACCAGGUGAAGCAAGAUGGCGCCUGGGGCGCGUGGAGUAAAUUUGGCUCCUGCUCGCGGAGCUGCGGCAUGGGCGUGCGCUUCAGAACGCGCCAGUGCAACAAUCCGGCGCCAGCGUACGGAGGCCAGGACUGCCCUGGCGUGAACUAUGAGUAUCAGCUCUGCAACACAGACGACUGCCCCAAGCACUUUGAGGACUUCAGAGCCCAGCAGUGCCAGCUCCGCAACUCGCACUUUGAAUUCCAGAACACCAAGCACCACUGGCUACCCUACGAGCACCCCGACACACAUAAGCGUUGCCACCUGUACUGCCAGUCCAAGGAGUCAGGAGACGUGGCGUACAUGAAACAGCUGGUGCAUGACGGCACACGCUGCUCCUACAAGGAUCCCUACAGCAUCUGUGUGCGGGGGGAGUGUGUGAAAGUGGGAUGCGACCGGGAAAUCGGUUCCAACAAGGUGGAGGAUAAAUGUGGCGUGUGCGGAGGGGACAACUCCCACUGCCGAACGGUGAAGGGAACCUUCACCCGCACCCCCAAAAAAGCCGGCUACCUUAAGAUGUUUCUCAUCCCUCCUGGGGCUAGACAUGUGGUCAUUCAAGAACAUGAGGCCUCCCCUCAAAUUCUUGCCAUCAAGAACCAAGCCACAGGGCAUUACAUCCUCAACGGUAAAGGCGAGGAGGCAAGAUCACGGACGUUCAUUGAUCUCGGCGUGGAAUGGAACUACCUCAUCGAGGAGGACGUGGAGACGCUGCACACUGAGGGACCUCUGCACGAUGCUGUGGUCGUCCUGAUUAUCCCCAAGGACAAUGAGACCCGAUCUACACUGAUGUACAAAUACAUUAUCCAUGAGGAUUCGGUGCCAGUCAACAACAACAAUGUCAUUCAGGAGGACACAUACGAGUGGGCCCUAAAGAGCUGGUCCCAGUGCUCGCGCCCCUGUGCAGGAGGUUUCCAAUAUACCAAAUAUGGCUGCCGGAAAAAAGGCGAUAACAAGAUGGUUCACCGCAGCUACUGUGAUGUCAGCAAGAAGCCCAAGCCAAUCAGGAGGAUGUGCAACCUUCAAGACUGCACACAGCCUCAAUGGAUUGCAGAGGACUGGGAGCACUGCACCAAAACCUGCGGCAGCCUGGGCUACCAGAUCCGCACGGUCCGCUGCGUGCAGUUCCUCCAUGAGGGCACCAACCGCUCCGUCCACAGCAAGUACUGCAGCGGGGAGAAGCCGGAGAGCCGCAGGCCCUGCAACAGAGUGCCCUGUGUGGCCCCGUGGAGGACAGGACCCUGGUCCGAGUGUUCAGUGACCUGUGGGGAAGGGGUAUCACGGCGACUGGUGACGUGUCGCAUCGGUGACCAGUGCGGUGGGGAGAGGCCUGAGACGAUUCGGACGUGCAGACCAGGGCCCUGUCAAGAUGAGCUGUGUGCCGGGGAUAAGUCCAUCUUCUGCCAGAUGGAGGUCCUGGCCCGCUACUGCUCCAUCCCCGGCUACAACAAGCUGUGUUGCGAGUCCUGCAGCAAGCGGAGCGGCACGCUGGCGCCACUGCUGUCCGAGGGGGAGGAAGAGGUGCGCUUCGGCUCGGCCUCCCAGCUCCUGGAGACGCUGUCGGCCAACGGGAGCCUCGCGGGCCUCGCCGGUCUCCCUGGUCCUCCGCCGCGUCAGACCUCUUCCACCUCCUCCAGGGGGACCAACGCGGGCGGACGCUCUUCCCCGAGAACGGGCCCGACGCCCCCACCGCAGCGAAGAGGCGGCGGCGGAGGCUCCGAGGGCAGCAAGGCCACCCGGCAGACGGCACCUCACACCAGCAAGAGCCAGGCCGCCCCGCCCAACACGCACGGCGCCGGGAAGCGAGGAGGCGGCGGCGGCGGCGGUGACAAUGCCAGGAGGUCGGACAGCCCCAGCACGGACAUUCGGCGGCUCCCGGCGUUCAGCGAAGUGCAGCGGUGAAGCUGGGUGGCCAGCCUCUCCUGAACUCUUUCUUUUGAGUAGAUGUACAGCAUUUGUUUUUAACUGCACAAGGCCCUCGCAAGAGAUUAGGAUUGAUCGAGAGUAGGAGAGAGAGAGAGAGAGAGAGAGUGAGAGAGAGAGAGAGAGAGAGAGAGAGCGAGAGAGAGAGAGAAAAGUGCUGGUUCACUUUCAGAUCAUAGACCCCAAUCCCAUACACACGCAGUGCCCCAAACUAAACCCCCCUCGCAGAAAUGGUCUAAACAUGAGUCAUUUUCUCUGCAACAUGAGACAGGCGUGGCAAAAAAAAUCUGGAGUGUCCGUUUACCAAUUGCUUGGUCAUCUUGGGCUUGCACAUCGGCUUCACUUACUCAGUAGGAAAAUGGCUCUGGUUGUUUAGAAUAUGAGACUUAAGUUACUUUUGUGUUUACUGGCGCUCACCUAUGUUAUUGACAGAUUUAGAUAUUUAUAAACAUUUCCUGUAAAUACUAUAUAUGUAAAAUGUCAGUAUUAUUUUAAAGAAAAAAAAACUAAGCUGAGGAUUUUAUACUAAAAGCAGUCACGUAUUUGGUGCUUUUUAUACAUAUGUAAAACAGCUCUCUAUGCAGACAUUUUUAGCAAACACAUUUUCAACUAAAUCUGUCAUGGUAUUGGUCAUUCCUGAAGUCAGAUCUUAAUUGAGCUGCAGAGAGUACCUCUUGAAUGAUGUGUACCUCAGUUCAUUCAGAACACCUAAGCCCCACAGUGUUAAAUAAAACACACACACGCAUGUGCACACACACACACACACACACACACGCACAUAUAAUAACACACACACACACACAUACACAUGUGGAAAAGUACAUGUGGAUGUGUUUGGCACAAGUCAUUGAUGUGUCUAGAGUUUCAUUAAUUUUCUAUACACUCUACACACACAGUUCUAAUAGGUAGCCAACAGGCUAUAAGCAUCUGCAGAGAUUACCUCUUGAAUGAGCACCACAGACUUCCACUCGGUAUCCUAAGCUCCACAGUAUUCAAUUUGAUGUUCUGUUGGCGUGAACUGUAGAAAUGCCUGGAUUAUAUCAUAUUGUUUUGUCUCUCAUGCAACAUCUAGCCGGUACACUAAUCAGCUGUUACCACAGCCUCUCUACUCUCCCAUUCCCCUCUACUGGUGUACUGUAUUGAUUUUUUUUUAGUUUUUUUUAAGGAAACGUAUUUCCAGUUGUAUCAAGUGCUCAGUCAAUGUCACACUUGAACCGUAAAACAUUCAGGUUGGCACGUGAGUAUAUUAGAUCAUUCCGUGAAACAAAUACAAAAGAUGGACUUAACAAAAGACGUGAAUGUUUAACAUGGUUCACUGACCAUCAUGCUGGUUUUGUAUUCCUUUUGAAUAAGGCUAAGAAGGAUAUUUAUUAUUAUUAACAAGGGUUAUAUCACAACCACAAUGCAUCUGACUGCAAUAACAAGAAAACCAUUUUGUUUUUCUAUUUCAAUGGAAGUUACCGUUCAGCCGUGCACACUCCAAGAGUGCGACUGUAUAGCUCUUGUACAUAGAGAACUUUAAGUAUUUAUUGAGGGUUGAAGUUCCUAUUCUGUUCAAUGUAUGACAGCAUCUGCCAAAAGCACACACAAAAAAAAAGGUCUGUGAAGAGCCUAUACAGACAACAUUUCUAUUUCUCCUGAAUGUCUACUCUUCAUUUAAAUUGGAUGUGGUUCAAGCCAGAGAGUAAUGAUACGAUGUAGUUAUGAUUGCAUUUUUUUAUUGUUGUUAUUGUUGAUAUAUUUUAGAAGCAUUUAAGCAGUUUUAGAGCUUAGUUAUACACAGGACACAUACUCAGUACUUGAGAUUUGAUCACCUGAGAAAGCUGUUUCACCAGUUGUUUUUGUAGUCUUAGUCUCCCUGCAGAGCUGCAAAUCAGUGGGUAUUAUCACUGGCAUAGGACCCCAACAAGGCUGCUGUCUCACAGCUAUUUAAAAAUAGGAAAAAAAAUGAUGUUGUGUCAGAAACACAGACAGAGAUAUCCUGUCAAGUAGAAGGUAGACUAUGUGUCCCCUUUGAACCCAAAUGUCAGCAUUAUAAAAAGAUAACCCCAGCAACAGGCAAGUCUAAAGGAGUAAAAAUGCAAAAUAGAGUAUAUAGAUGGUGUGCUUAGGUGAUAUACAGUACAUAUGUAACAGUGUUGAUGAUACACAGUGCCUGCAUUACAAAUUGUUGUUCUAUUGUUCUCAUUUUACAUACAUGUUGUUGACUUGCUGCCUACAAUGAAUUGCUGCUAAUAUUAUGCAAAGCUUUCAAAGUUCAAGAGGAUGCUAGUAUUUUAGGUGUUACAUUGACAAUCCCUGAGCCUCAGACAGAUAUGCUGUAUAGGAUAUGUAUUGUGCUGUAUGUAUCCCUGUACUAUCCGUUGCGUUUAAGUAUUAAUGCUCUGACUAGAGUAAUUGUCAUUUCUAAUUGCUUGCAGUUUUUUUUUUGUACUUUUUUUAGAUUCAAUUGAAGUGUACACUACUGAUGCUGUUUGUUGUAAUGGGGAGCACAUAGCAAUAAAGAAUAUACUAAACCUAA